AUGAAAAAUGAAUAUUUUAGAUUUUAUAUUGAUUAUUGUUAUAUCAUUUCUGUUCAAGAUCUGUAUGAUACUCUAUUCUUUUUCAAUAGGUUUUCUCUUCUUCGCACUUAUCGACAAAAGGUCAGUUUUUACUUUUUGUCGCGUUUUUUUGCGUGACGAGAGUAAGUACUUCAGAAUUAUUGUUUUUUUUUAAAUUUGAAUUUUUGUAAGUAGAGUUCAACCUAAAAAUAGUUUUUUUGGUUGCCCACGAAAUCUCUAAAGACUGACGUUUUUCAGAAUAAAAAUUAAAAAUAGAAAUUAGAUUUUUUCCGAAAUGAAAAAAUAAGUUCAAAAAAUGAAACGUGUGCACUUUCAAACAUUUCCGCUAGCUCAAAUCCAUCUUUUUUUCUUUUCUUUAGUCUGUCGUAUUACACUUUUAUCCGUUUUUUUCAAUAUUUUUUCCGCUUCCUCGAUCCUCAGAUUUUCAGAGUUGUUGUGUUUUUCUGUUUAUAUUUUCAAACGUGUUCUAUAUUUUUCCUAUCAUCAUCAUCUUUUGCUCUUUCUCUGCUCAUUUUCGUAAUGGGUUUAAUUCUAUCCAGUGUUGAUGCUCUGAAAGGCAAAAAUGAGAAAGCAGAACUUCGUGGAUUUUUGAACAAUCGAACCAAUGCUAUUGUAUGUUUGUUUAGUGGUUUGGCGUUUUUGCGAGAGAAAAUAUGAGCGAAUUAAAAAAAAAUCAUUGGAAUUUGUCUUUUGAUCGCUGACGUAAAUUCGGGAUUUUUUUGUUUUUAUUUAUUUAUCAUAUAAAAAAUAAAAAUGCGCAAAGUUCUGAAAUAGGCGUAGACUUUCCACUAAAAUAACACUUUUCUAUGAAAAUAGGAAAUUAUUCUCAAAAAAAAACCAAAUCAAGCAGCUGUUCUCAUUUCCGAUGACAUCAUUUUUAAUGAUUAACAUUUGCUUUUAUCAUUUUCUUAAUAAUUAUGGGUUUUCGAAAUUAUAGAGUACGAUUUCUCUCUUUUUUUUUCAUUUUUUCAUUUGCAAUUUUAUAUAACAUUUGAGUUUCAGUGUUUGAUCUUAUUUUUUCUUUCCCAGCGUUCACUUUACAACAUUUUUUUGUUUGUUUGUUUUUUUUGUGUCGUUCGUUUGAUUUGAGAAAAAACUUUAUCAAAAUUUUAUAUACUUUAUAUUAUAUAUAUUUUAUUUUUCAGUUCCGAAUGGCGUCGAAAAAUGCGAAUGUAUCGGUCUUGUUGGGUGCUCAAUGGGGCGAUGAAGGAAAAGGAAAAAUCAUUGAUUAUCUCAUCGAAAAGCAUGGUAUUAAUGUGACCGCAAGAUGUCAAGGAGGAAAUAAUGCUGGGCAUACAGUUGUUGCGAAUGGAAGAAAAUAUGAUUUCCAUAUUUUGCCAAGUGGAAUUAUCUCGCCAACUUGUUUCAAUGUUAUUGGAAAUGGUGUUGUUGUUAAUCUUGACGCGUUUUUCUCGGAGUUGGAGCAUAAUGGAAUUUUGUCGGAAGCUGGAUGGGAGAAGAGAAUCAUGAUCUCAAGCGAAGCACAUCUUGUUAUGGGUGUUCAUUCGCAAGUUGAUGGAAGACAAGAAGAUUCGCUUGCUGCCAAAAAGUAGGGUUUAGGCGCAGGCUUCCAGACUGCGCCUAUUUGGGCUGAAGAGAAGGGACGAUUCGACAUAAAAAGAGACAAUUUACAUAGUUUAUGGCGUUUUUCAGUUUAAUAAUUCAAAAAUUCAUCUCUAACGAGACCUUGUUUUUCAGCAAAAUCGGAACUACCAAUCGAGGAAUCGGCCCAACGUAUAGCUCGAAAUGCUUUAGAAACGGAAUUCGUGUCGCUGAUCUUAUGGCUGAUUUUGACGAGUUCUCUGAGAAAUACAAGAGACUUGUUGAUCAUUACAAAAAACAAUUCCCAACCAUCGAAGUCAAUGUUGAAGAAGAAUUGGCACGUUUCAAAACACAUCGUGAUAAAUUGGCUGAAUUGAACUUGGUUGGAGAUACUGUUGGAUUCAUCCAUGAGCAAAGAUCACUUGGAAAACAAGUUUUGAUUGAAGGAGCCAAUGGUGCACUUUUGGAUAUUGAUUUUGGAACAUAUCCAUAUGUCACUUCAUCAAAUUCGACUGUUGGAGGAGCUUGCACUGGUUUGGGUGUUCCGCCAACUGCAAUUUCGAAUGUUAUUGGAGUUGUAAAGGCUUAUCAAACUCGUGUUGGAACUGGACCAUUCCCAACUGAACUUUUCGAUGACAUUGGUGAUAAAUUGCAAUCGAUUGGAAAAGAAGUUGGUGUGACGACGGGAAGAAAGAGAAGAUGCGGAUGGAUUGAUUUGUUCUUGUUGCGUCGUUCGGCAAUGAUUAAUGGUUAUACAGCGAUUGCGUUGACCAAAUUGGAUAUUUUGGAUAGUUUUCCAGUGAGUUUUGGAAAAAUUGGGAAAAGCUAGACCUUAUCAGACACAGAGUGUAAUUUACUACCCGAAAAAUUUCGCGCAUUUUUGAGACCUGACACGAUCUUAGGGGUGGGAAUAAAAUCGACGAAUUUCAACGCAAAAACGAGAGAUUUAGAGAAAAAUUAUUUUUGAUCUACCCAAAAAUUAAUGAAAAAUUUGAGGUCUAGCGAUUUGAGGUAGUGAAUUACACCCUUAUCAAAUUUUUUUAAAACUAUAUUUAAUUUAAUUUCUCUAUUUUUUUCAAGAAAAACAAAUUUUUGGACAAAAAACUACAACACAAUCAUAAAUAUCUCCUUAUCUUUUUGCAGACUAUCAAAGUUGCUGUUGGCUACAAAUUGAACGGCCAAGUUCUCUCUGCUCCACCACCACAAACCAACGCUUGGGGACAAGUUGAAGUGGAAUACAAAGAAUUCGAAGGAUGGCAACAACCGACUGUUGGAAUCCGAAAAUACGAGGAUUUGCCAGAGAAAUGUCGGCAGUACAUUCAAUUCAUCGAAGAUUUCAUCAAGGUGAUUUGUUUUGCCCCCAAUCCCUAUCCAACCUUUUCAUUUUCUUUUUAAUUAUAGGUUCCAAUUGUCUACAUUGGUGUUGGUGCUGAACGCGAAUCAUUGAUCGUCAGACAAUAA